AUGCCGAGCUUUGUCCAAUCAGAACUGGAUGAGGUUGUGUUCAUUCGUCUUCCCCCUGGGUGCGGUGCGCUUUCCGGUAAGGUCGUGCGGUUGAGCCGGAGCCUAUACGGUCUGAAGCAGGCGUCCCGCACAUGGCAUCAUCACUUGAUGCGUGGCAUGAAGAGUCUUGGUUUCGAGCCUUGUGCCGCCGAUGCGUGUGUGAUGCGUCUGAUCGAGAGCGGUGUAGUCACCAUGGUGGUUGUGAUCCACGUAGACGACAUCUUCUCUAUCGGGCUCAAGAGCAGGUGCGAUCAGUUUGGUGUUGACCUCAACCGGUAUGUGCCCAUUUCCAACCUUGGGGAACUGCGCUGGUAUGCGGGUUGCCGGUUUUCUCGUGACACGGUGUUGGGGACGGUGACUAUUUCGCAACAGGCUGUAGCGGAGGAGAUCGUUGCUAAGUUCGGUGUGACGACCGACAAAGAGACACCUGUGGUCGUUGGGUUGAAGCUUGAGCAGUACGACGCCGACGAGCCCGAUGUCGACGAGCCUUUCCGGUCGCUAGUGGGACACUUGAUGUGGCUGGCGAAUCAGACUCGCCCGGAUAUUCUCAACGCGGUGCGUGCCGUUGCGAGGUAUUCGCACGCGCCGAAGCGACUGCACUGGGAGGCGGCUUUGCAUGUUUUGAUGUAUGUUAGAUUCACGAGCGGGUACGGGAUUACUUUUCAGAGGGGCACGGUGGGAGGAGACCACAUGGAACUUUUUGUCGAUUCGGACUUCNACGCCGAAGCGACUGCACUGGACGCAGAAGAGCGUCACCCUGUCUUCGACGGAAGCGGAGUACGUGGCGAUGUCUGA